AUGCAUUUUUCCAAGAUCCAGCUUUUCGCUCUCCUGGCCGCCGUCAGCGCCUCGGCCGGCAACGUUGGUCCCGUCGACUCGCUUUCGCUCCCGCUCACCGAGGCCGUUACCCCCAUUGCCCCGGUGAAGCCCGCCGCGCCUGCCGACGCCGCUGACAUUGUCAACGUCACUGCGCCCGUAAGCAACAUUACUCCCUCCUACAACAUCUCCCUUGGCUUGUUUGGUUCGGAGUCCAAGUCCGAGAAGGGUACUACCCUGGCACGCCGCAUUACCAUCAAGAACUGCGAGGCCAGGACCAGCAAGAUUGAGUGCGGGAAGAUUUUCUCCGGUUGCACGUGGCUCCGUGCCUCCCAAGACUGCGUCAAACGUUGA